AGUCAAUCCACUGAUUCUCACAGCACAGCAAACACGUUGUUCAGACUGUUCACAUAUAAUUCACAGUAGUGGAUAUUCAUGCCAUACCGCCGUACUUCUACUUCUCAUCUCUAAUAUUCAUCAUCUAAACACUUGUCAUCUGUCAAUUUCUGUCACCUUCAAGUCACUUGCCCUGUUUAUACCUGUUUAUUGUUUAUUUUUGGUGAAUUUGAACAUUUUCCGGUUAUUUUCCCCUACUAACGUCAUGUUUUUGUAGCUUAGUGGCUUAUUCCAGCAAAAUCUAAACUAUAAAAUGAAUUUGGAACUACUAGAGUCCUUUGGGCAAAAUUAUCCAGAGGAAUUCGAUGGCACCUUGGACUGCCUUUCAUUGGCUGUAACAUGCGCUUUCAACAAAAGGGGCACACUGUUAGCUGUAGGUUGCAACGAUGGACGCAUAGUAAUAUGGGACUUUCUAACCAGAGGUAUCGCUAAGAUUAUAUCAGCACAUGUCCAUCCAAUAUGCAGUAUUAGCUGGUCUAGAAAUGGCUACAAAAUUGCAUCUGCAUCAACUGAUAAUAACGUUUGCAUAUGGAGUACAGUUACUGGGGAAUGUGAACAGAAAUAUAGAUUCCCAUGCCCUGUUUUGAAAGUACAGUUUGAGCCAAGAAGUAUGGAAAGGCUGCUAGUUUGUCCCAUCAAACAUGCAGCUGUAUUAGUGGACACAAAUGGGGGUCAUCAGAUCUUACCAGUAGAUGAAGAUGGAGAUCUAAACAUUGUGGCCUCAUUUGACAGGAGAGGUGAUUAUAUUUACACAGGCAAUGCCAGAGGCAAAGUAUUAGUAUUAGACUCGCAUACUUUAGAGUUAAAAGCUAGCUUUAGGAUAGGUUUGGGAUCAUCCAGUGCAACAGCUGUGAGGAGUAUAGAAUUUGCAAGGAGAGGAGAUUGCUUCCUGAUAAACACUGCAGAUAGAGUUAUUAGAGUAUAUAACAGCAAAGAAGUUCUGGCAUAUGGUAAAGACGGUGAAGCAGAACCAAUACAGAAACUUCAAGAUUUGGUGAAUAAGACUAUGUGGAAGAAGUGUUGUUUCUCCGGAGAUGGUGAAUAUAUUUGUGCGGGAUCAACUAGGCAGCAUGCCCUCUACAUUUGGGAAAAAUCAAUAGGAAAUCUCGUGAAAAUUUUGCAUGGCACAAAGGGAGAACUGUUGCUAGAUGUUGCUUGGCAUCCUGUCAGACCUAUCAUUGCUAGUAUUUCUUCUGGUGUGGUGAGUGUAUGGGCCCAAAACCAGGUGGAAAACUGGUCCGCAUUUGCACCAGACUUUAAAGAGUUAGAUGAAAAUGUGGAAUAUGAAGAAAGGGAAAGUGAGUUCGAUUUGGACGAUGAGGACAAGUCAGUAGCGAGUGGUGGAGAUGAUAAGGAGGAUACAGAUUUGGAGGUUGACGUCUGUGCUGUGGAUCCUGUGGCAGCAUUUUGUAGUUCAGAUGAAGAAAACGAAAACGAUUGCUUACAAUUUUUACCCAUAGCACCGGAGAUUGAAGACCCAGAAGACAAUUGGACCCCCACAGAACCUAACACAACUGCACCAAUUUUAAGUACUAGUAACGGUCCUCCACCAGCAAAGAAAAAAAAGUACAAGUCUUUCGACAUAGCUUUAGAAAACGUAUCUGAUGGAGGUAACAAUAGUUAACGUGAUCACAUGCAUAUUGUAGCUGGUUAUGAUCUUAGAGUUUUAUUAUGUGUUGGAUAUUACUAUGUUAUCAAUAGUAUGUCUGGUGUUCAGUUAGAUUUAUGUUUUUUUUGUCAAUAAAACAUGCAUCUGGAUUAGUUUUGAUAUGGUUGUUCGUUUUUAGUAUUCCUUUCUUUUAGCUUUUGACUUUCUGUUCUGUGAUUGGGAAUGCUGCAUAUUGUCUGCUGAAGAAUGAUGGUAAUUUUGCGUAUCCGAGUAUGCAACGCCAGAAAUAAUGACUACUUGAAGUUACAUUGUGAAUUUCUAUAGAAUUGGUUGUAAUGCAAUGUUCGAGAUCAAAGUUAGGCAUUUUUGUCACCUUUAGCUUUAUUCAGGUUCUACAUGGAACGGCACCGGAACCAUUUAUUCUUUGAAAUCACGAGAACUUUUGCUGCAGGUUCUGGAAUUAGUUUUAUUUAGAAC